AUGGCAUUCAAAGGCAAAGCGGUGGACUCGAAGACCGUGCUCUUUAAUCUGCUGCUGUGUCUGCUCAUAUUUUACUCUCUUUUCUACAUGGUUGGGAGUGUGUGCUUCGGCGCCUUCAGGCUGGAUCACUUUGACGGACUGAUUCCAUUUGACUUUAAGACUGAACCUGCUGAAUCCAACUCCAAAUACUUGGUGAACCUUCUGUCCUUGGAGCUCACCUACUUCUGCAGUGGCCUUCUGUUUGCUGCAGUGGUGCGGAGGCGGGUGUGGGACUACGCCCUCACUGUCACACUUCUGCAUGUAAUAAUCACCAGCCUAGUGAUGUUAGAGUUCCCCAUGGUGUGGCAGUGGUGGCUGGCUUUAGGUAGCGGCUUGUUUCUGAUGAUCUGCAAUGGUCAGCUGAUAGCUUACUUCACCUGCCAGAGUGACCAAAGCUACGCCUCGUUCAGCAUCUACUGAAAGACAGAAAGCUACUUUGUGUAUCCACUGUUUCAUAAGCAGUCUUGUGAAGUGAUGUAGAAAGGAUCAGACCAGAUGCUCUGUUCCUGGAGACAUCCAUUAGAUUCUCCACGGUGAUGGGUUUUUCCUGUUUGUCACUAAAAAAAAAAAAAAAAAAACACUGCUCACCAUUUCCUCACCACAAAGUCAGAGCUGGAUCCAAUUUGUGUUUACGGGUUGCCAACAGACUGGCAUCCAACUGUUUUUAUGUAAAUGCCACAGGGAGAUGUUCUCUGUAUUUUGCUUGUGAUGCAGAAUGCCUCUGUCACCAUGCAGGAUUUUAAGGCACCCUGUGAAGUAUUUUCAAUAUCUUUGGAAGCUGUGAAUGUCAUAGCAGAACGG